CUUUCGUCAACUUUAGACGAUGGGACCCGUUUGGGAUACUGGGGGAUCCCAAUCCGGCCCCCGAUCUAAUGCGCUCGAACUGCUCAGUCGUGCGCCUCCUGCGCUGCUCUCUUGCGUGGCAAUGAUGGAUCGCCGCCCACUUCGUUCGAACGCCUGGUGGAAAGCCGGCCUUGUGGUGGUCCUCUGGGACAUAAGUACAACCCCUUCGCUCGCUACCUGUUCCCCUUCCACUUAGUAGUUGAGCCUGGAAUUUUUGCCAGAAAGUUGGGUUUGCAGUCGUCACUACGGCGUUCACGCCCUCUGUAUUUCCAUUUCAAGGCUCUCAUCGAUUGUCCUUCUUCCUAAGCGUGUUUUCCCCCAACGAGUUUCCGUUCGCUCUCAGCCGUACUAUUUCUGCGCCCGAUGGCGAAAGGUCGGAAGGGCUUCUUCGACCGAGCAGAACAACGAGGUUCGGAGUUGGACAAGACGGGGAUCGAUGGCAAACCUGUCCAUAAGUCUCUUGAAGAUGGAACGAAGAGACGAUACAAAGAUGCUAUGAACAUAUGGGCUGACUAUUGUACUAAAACCUACAAAGACCCCGUUAAAGCCGCUUACGAUCUGAAAACUCUCAAACACUUUACCAAAGGAAUUGUCUGGGGCCUUGAUGGCUGUGAGGGAGAAAAUGAUCUACCCUCGGCAAAAUCCGCCAGACAAGUGUGGAAAGACUUUACGGCCCAGUUCCGCCGGCAGAAUGACCCCAUUCCUCGCAAUACGACGCUUUCUGUUACGAAUUGGAUCAAAGAGCAAAUUAAAAAACGUGGUCUGCCUGCUUCGAAGCGGCCUCGCCGUUACGCGUCGGAUAACCACUUGGUUCAUCUAGGGACCCAGCUCUGGGAGCGCGACUGGUUUGAAUAUAAGCGUCCUGGGAUCCGGGUAUCGACAUGGUCUGAGACUCUCGAUUACGGCUUUACCUCUGCACGGGUGGGGGAGUAUCUCGAGUCAACUGCCCGUGCCAAUUCCGGGCGUGGACUAUACCAUCGGGACAUUAUCUUCAUCGUCUUCCGGAACGAGCAUGGAAAGCCCGAGUUUGCUGCCCAGCUUACGCGGGACGCAAAGGGCAUGACGUGGACACCAGACAAAAGGCCAGAACAGGCGAUCCACGAAGGCUCGGAGCCACGACCUUUCCUCUUAAACCCGAUUCUCCCGAAACUGGCAAUGUGUCUGGCGCGAGGUGCCUUCCGAGACUAUAAAACGAUAGACGACGUCUUCAAUAUUCCGGCGCCACCCGAAAAAGAAGUCUAUCAACUUUUCUGGGAACCCAGCAUUUGCAACUGUCCUUUCUAUGAAGGCGCUACAACCGAGAUUGAGAAGGCAAACUCGUAUAGUACGCGACUGAACGAUUUAGGUCGGCGUGCAGACUAUGUAAAGCCGCCCACGAUCCAUGACUUUCGAGCUGAAGGGCUUCAUCUCAUCGAUUCGCUUUAUUCAACAGCACAGAGAAUGGGCCACGGGGGGCAAUGGAACGAACGCACUCACCGCCAGCAUUACCAGCCUAAUAACCCCGGUACCGAUGGCCAAGAUGCGUACCUUAGAGGGAAGAUUCGGACCAUUGUGGCUGACCUGUUUCGUGGUAUGACGGUAGCUCGCAACCCUGAUCUCUUUCACUGUCUACCGGCGGAGAAGAAGGCGGAGUUGGAAGCGAGCCCCGAAUUUACCUCGAUGGACAGCGAACUCAAAUUCUUGAAAACGCAGCCUCCGUCACAGGACCGCGACCGACGCCGCCGUGAGAUCUACAGGGACAGGCAGAAAAUGAGAAAAAAGGGACUUCGUCACGCGCAGAAGGCUCAACCAUGUGAACGACCCUGGGAAGCCAAGGCUGAAAUCCGAUCCAUCGGGGGCUACCGGUCCCGCUUCCAGCGUAUCCGCCACCUGAUGCCCGAACGAAGCCGCUUGGCGAAGAGCAUGUUCGAGGUUAGCUGUCUGAGGAGCUCCGAAGGCCAUCAGGUUCUUCAAGACAUGAUCGUCCUCUACAAACAGGAGAAGGAGGUGACCGUCAGACUGGGGUUGGAACCGGACAAGUGUCAUUGCCACCCGACUGAGUUGAGCGUGGAGCCAGCUAAGUCUGUCACCCCAAAGAGACCUGGCCCGCACAAGGGGUUUCGGCGUUGGCCAAGUAAAGCUGGCUUGGGGGUGGCUCUGUCUUCUACUCCAAAUUCGACCACACCGAGCUGGAAACACAUAUAUAUGUGUCACAAGCAAUAUCUUUCGGGAUCGAACGGCUUUGCAGAGUUGUGCUCCCUCUGUAACCGCUGGAUCGUCGGCUUGGAUGUAUGGGAGCAGCAUUGUCAAAGCCACCUCAUCGCGCCUCAGACAAUCCCCAUCCAAUGUGACCCGCUCAUUUAUGGCGGUACCCUGGGCGCUUUCGGUUAUUGCCCGAUCUGCCUGGGCAACACGGAGCUGUUGGCGAGAGAUCGAAUGCAACAAUUUACAAGACUGGAUUAUUGGAUGUCUCAUGUGACCAAAUGCACCGAAGAGCUGGAUCGGGGAAGCGCGGCAGGUUGCUCAAUUCCUUGGUGUGACAUCCCAUGCGAGAAUGCACUGAGUCGGCGAUAUCACCUCCAGGAUGUCCACUGCGCGCAGUUCAACAAGGGGUUCAAGCGAUCGUCUCAGGAUGUGACGGCAGAAGAUGUCGACGAAAUACCCUCCUGUAAACGCGGCCGUAAGACUCUCAAUAACAAACUCACCGCUGGCCCUGUCGACCCUUCGAUCCCUACCGAGAAAUAUCAAUUUAUCGAUGAGACACCAGAAACCACCAAACCGCCAAACUCGACUGCAGUCCAUUCGCGCGCAAUAGGAAAGCUACGAAAGAAGCAGAGCUCUGCUAAGCAGCCCAAUUCCCUCGUUCUCACUGUGGUCCCUCCGCCGCCCCUUGCCAACUGUCCGACAGAUGUCAAAGAUGAUAUCGCGCCGCCAACGAUCUCAAAUAAGGUCUUUUCCGAGGUGGUUGCGGCUCCUGUGGAGUUAGCUCCCAUCAAGCCGGUAAGACCCGUGUCUAGCUCGCCGACCCUACCGCAUUCAAAGGACACCGAAGUCACUCGAGACCCCACUGAAGAGUUUGAUGCCGUUCCUCUACGAAUACUCACGUCGCCUAUGAUUGAGAGUUCGACGCCACCCUCUGACCUUCGCACUGGAACGGCUCAAGAAUGCUCGGGCGAGCAUUUUCUUUCAACCUCAGCCCAGGCUGAUUGGUCAGGUCCCAAUGUCUCCUUUUCUGUAGAGGAAUCAUCGGACCUCGAUCCUGACGUUCAAUGUCUAGACCUCAAAGUCGUGGAGCUAAAGGUGGAACUGCCAAUUUCCUAUAGUCCGCAUGGACCUAUUCUUGUAUCAGACAGUGAUUCAGAAGCCACUACAACCUUGGAUCGAUGCGUCAAUACAUCGUAUCAACGGCCCUACCGCGAAGCUAAAGCAUCUUUGCCGCCGCGACGACAGCUCGAGGGUAUGAAUUUGCUGCACCAAAAUGCUUUCUCCGAGAUACACAAGCACCAAGCUGAGCUGCAUCAUGCAGCGGAACUGGAGUGGGUCAGGCGUGGAUAUCCUCGCAUCGGUUGGCGGAGACUAGAUGCCCGCAUUCGAAAAUUUCUUCCAGCUCUUGACGGUAUAUUGGACGGAGAGAUCUCGUCACCAUUUCUCGCUCAAACGAAGUUGGCCAGAAAACGAAAGGUCCCUCAAACAAUUGGCAAUGGAAAUGGUGAAGCUGGCUAUUAUGGUCCCCGGGGAUCGCAAAUCAUGUAAGUGAAUUCUGAAUUGGAUUCCAGAGAUGCGUCUAGCCGAAUUGCUUUGACGUACUUGAGACACGCAGUCGGCGAUCUGCUGACACCAUCCAGGAGAGCCCAGAUUAUUCGAGAAUUCGAGUCUCAAUUUCCAAGACGAAGACGUCGAAACCAGGCCUUGCGCCGCACCGGGUUCACGGACUUCGUCAGUAAGGUUUUGGUUCCGGAGCUGGCUGCCAAGUUAAUAGAGGAAGAUAUGGGAGUGGACGGUGGGAAGGCGCGCGAAAUUCUUCGUGAGAGUGUUGCCCUCGGAGGUAUUGUACAUAAGCUUCAUUGAUACCAUCUCAUCAGUACUCCGUAUACAGUUCUCCGACACUUUUAGGUGGGUGGAAUAAAGGGGGCUGUUGUUAACAGACUUAGAGAUGAAGACUCACGGAGCUUGAUGUCGUGGCAAUCAUCUUGGGAAGGCUGGCAGAGUUUCCGCGCCAUCGCGAAAGAAGGAAGCCAUUGUAUAUACUCAAUUAACACCAGUCUCCAAGUUGCUUGCUGUUAACUGAAGGCAGAGAUAAUUAUCACGUUCUAGACCAAAGCGAC